AUAACGAAUUCAUUUAUAGAAACCCGAAUGGCACAGUAAUUCUGAGGAAUGUUGAAACUAACCAUUCAACAAUUUUAAUAGAAAACAAAAAAAUUGUCUCCUUAAAGGCUAUUCGGUACGAAGUAUCACCUGACCGGGAAUAUGCACUUUUUGCUUUUAAUGUUGAACCAGUGUACCAGCAUUCAUAUACGGCGCAUUAUGUCCUCAGCAAAAUACCUCACGGGGAUCCCCAGAAUUUGUAUCCCCCUGAGGUCAGCAAUGCAAAGCUUCAGUAUGCUGGUUGGGGUCCAAAAGGGCAACAGCUGAUAUUUAUCUUUGAGAAUAACAUCUAUUACUGUGCCCAUGUGGGGAAACAAGCCAUCCGAGUGGUCUCCACAGGAAAGGAAGGUGUUAUUUUCAAUGGGCUCAGCGACUGGCUGUACGAAGAGGAGAUCUUGAAGACUCACAUUGCUCAUUGGUGGUCUCCUGAUGGCACCAGGUUAGCAUAUGCAACAAUUAAUGCCUCCAGAGUCCCCAUCAUGGAGAUCCCGGUAUACGCUGGCAACCCUUACCCUACUGUUAAAACGUAUCAUUAUCCAAAGGCUGGAAUGGAAAAUCCAACUAUUUCUUUGCAUGUGAUUGGUCUGAAUGGACCUACCCAUGACCUGGAAAUGACUCCCCCAGAUGAUCAGAGAAUGAGGGACUACUACAUCACCAUGGUGAAAUGGGCAACCAGCACCAAGGUGGCAGUAAACUGGCUGAACAGGGCCCAGAACGUGUCUAUCCUCACGCUCUGUGAUGCCACCACAGGAGUGUGCACAAAGAAACAUGAAGAUGAAAGUGAAGGCUGGCUGCACAGACAGAAUGAAGAGCCAAUUUUUUCCAAGGAUGGUCGGAAGUUUUUCUUUGUCCGAGCCAUUCCCCAGGGAGGACGUGGGAAGUUCUACCACAUCGCCAUGUCAUCAUCACAGCCCAAUAGUAGCAGUGACAACUUGCAGUCUAUUACAUCUGGUGAUUGGGAUGUGACAAAGAUAUUGGCAUAUGAUGAAAAGAGGCAUAAAAUUUAUUUCCACAGCACAGAAGAUUUGCCACGGAGGCGACAUUUAUACAGUGCAAGCACAAAUGGAAACUUCAACAGGCAGUGUCUCUCUUGUGAUCUGAUUGAAAACUGCACUUAUUUCAGUGCAUCCUUCAGUCACAAUCUGGAGUACUUCCUACUGACAUGUGAAGGUCCCCGAGUCCCGAUGGUGACUGUUCACAACACAACUAAUGCACAGAAAAUUUUUGAGCUGGAGGUAAAUGAAAAUGUGCAGCUGGCUGUAAAUGACAGGCAAAUGCCUAAGGUAGAAUACACGGAAAUCAAGAUAGAUGAUUACAAAUUGCCAAUGCAGAUCUUAAAGCCAGCAACCUUUUCAGAUGCUGCACACUACCCCCUGCUCUUGGUUGUUGACGGGACCCCUGGCAGCCAGAUCGUGACAGAGAGGUUUGAGGUGACGUGGGAGAGCGUCAUGGUCAGCUCUCACAAUGCCAUCGUGCUCAAGUUCGACGGCCGUGGGAGCGGCUUCCAAGGCACUAAGCUGUUGCAUGAGGUCAGGAGGAGGCUGGGCUUUCUGGAAGAGAAGGAUCAGUUGGAUGCUGUCCGGACGAUGCUGAAGGAGCAUUAUGUCGAUAAAAUGCGAGUUGGUGUGUUUGGGAAGGAUUAUGGUGGCUACCUGAGCAUUUACAUGCUUCCCGCUGGUGAAGAGAACCAGGUGUUUGCCUGUGGAGCUGCUCUUUCCCCACUGACAGACUUCAGACUAUAUGCUUCAGCAUUUUCUGAGAGAUACUUGGGCUUGCAUGGGAUUGAUAACAGAGCAUAUGAGAUCACCAGAUUAAUGCACAGAGUCUCAUUACUGAAGGAACAGACAUUUUUGAUCAUUCAUGCUACUGCUGAUGAAAAAAUCCAUUUUCAGCAUACUGCGGACCUUAUCACACACCUAAUUAGGGUAAAGGCUAAUUACAGCUUGCAGAUUUACCCCGAUGAAAGCCAUUACUUCAGCAGUGCAGCACUGGAGCAGCAUUUGUACAACUCCAUCGUCAACUUCUUUGCAUCCUGUUUCCAAGUUCAGGACAAACUGCCGAUAGCCCCACUGAAAGAGGAGGAGGAUGAUGAUUAACCCUACUUGUCCGUGCUAAGCACAAGGCAGAUCUCUCUAACAAUAUGCAACUGGAUCGUUUUCCUGAAGAAAGAGAUGUUACAUUGUUAGCAUGUGUUUAAA